UCAGGAUUUUACAUUACAGACGACCCGCAGCAGGAGAUCAGGAGGGGGAGGGGAUAGAGACGUGUUAACUCCAUUGGUUUCCAGGGCAGUUGCAAUGAGCCGUUAGACCAAUAGGAAGUGAGCGUUCCCACAAGCUCCGACCAAUCAGGAGACACGUAGCAAUAUUUAAAAUUGAUUGGGCGCUGUGGGAGUCAGACGCUGCUCCGAGGCCUCGGUGGUUUUAGUGAUUUUAUCUCGUGUUUUACCGUGAUUGUGUUGGAAUGGCUACCCGCCGCGCUGCUAUCUCCCGUGAAGCGGACAAUGCUGUUGCAGGAGCGAUGAGAGCUAAAGCUCAGAUGAAUAUUAGGAGAGCAGCUCUGGGAGAAAUAGGAAAUAAGGUGACCGUGCGUGGCAAGCAGCCUGUGGUCAAGAACUCAAAUGCUGUGGUGAAGCCAGCCAGACCUGUAACUACUAAAGUGGCAAAUGCCAAUGCAAAACCUAAGGCUGUCCCUGUAAAAGGGACUGUGAUUGAAGCUCCAGCUAAGGAAUCUUCUCCAGUUCCUAUGGACGUGUCGAUGAAGGAGGAAGAGGAACUUUGUCAAGCUUUCUCUGAUGCUCUGAACAGUGUGGAAGAUAUUGAUGCUGAAGAUGGUGGAAACCCACAACUAUGCAGCGAGUAUGUAUUGGAUAUCUACAACUACCUGAGACAGCUGGAGCUCGAGCAGUCAAUAAAGCCAAGAUACCUGGAGGGAAAGGAAGUAAAUGAACGAAUGAGGGCUAUUUUGGUUGACUGGAUAGUCCAAGUACACUCCAGGUUCCAACUACUUCAGGAAACGCUGUACAUGGGUAUUGCCACUAUGGAUCGGUUUCUUCAAGUUCAACCUAUCUCUCGUGGAAAACUUCAGUUGGUUGGGGUAACUGCCCUUCUUGUGGCUUCCAAAUAUGAAGAGAUGUACACCCCAGAGGUUGCUGACUUUGUUUACAUCACAGACAAUGCUUACACAGCAAGUCAAAUUAGAGAAAUGGAAGUCUUAAUGCUACGUGAGCUGAACUUUGACUUGGGGCGUCCACUACCACUUCACUUCCUGAGACGUGCUUCAAAGUCCUGCAGUGCUGAUGCAGAGCAGCACACACUAGCAAAGUAUCUAAUGGAGCUUACCCUCAUUGACUAUGACAUGGUCCACUUUAGACCUUCUGAAAUAGCAUCAGCUGCACUCUGUCUGGCACAGAAGGUCCUUGGUCAGGGCAGCUGGGGAGCUACUCAGCAUCACUACACUGGGUACUCUGAGGAAGACUUGUCUCUUAUCAUGAAGCACCUGGCUAAGAAUGUUACCAAAGUCAACAAGAACCUGACGAAGCAUGUGGCUGUGAGAUCCAAGUAUGCCAGCAGCAAGCUAAUGAAGAUCAGCACCAUCCCACAACUGAUGUCUCCAAUAAUUACAGACCUAGCUGGAAGUUUUGCCUCCUAAUAAAACUGAUCUGUACGGCACGAGGACUUUACUUUUUGCACUUUUAUAACACUGCCAUUUUGGGCAUUAAUGCUGCUGACUCUGUAAAUAUGGUUUUAUAACUUUUUUUUUU